UCUAGGAAUUGAUUGAUUUAUGGGGUCCACUAGAUUUCAUCAAGAAAAUUUGCAGCGUUUUUGUCUAUAUAAGUACAAACACCCAGUUCUUCUUGUUUCUCCAUUCAAUUUCUUUUUUUUGCUUCUGUUUUCCAAUAUACUCUGUUUUUCUUGUAUUCUUUGUUUGAUUCAGUCCAUGGCUCCUCCUAACUUGUUCUCUGAAUCUCGUACAAGUAAUACUACCCCGGUCGAUUUCGUGGCGAAAUCGAGGUUUUCUCUGACAGAGGAGAGAAAUCUUGCUGUAGAUGGUGUCACCCUGUUUUCUCAUGUUCCAAGCAACGUGACUCUGUCUAGUUUCACUUCACUCCCUCAUUUGGCUACUGAUACUCCUGAUUAUAUUCUGGAAUCCGUUUCUUUGAAAUCGAAUAAUGGGUCCUUUCUGGGUUUAUCAGUGGAAGAACCCGCUGAUAGGAUACUGAAUCCUAUUGGGAAUUUCUUUGGUCGUAAGUUUUUGAGUAUUUUCAGGUUCAAAACAUGGUGGUCUACUAUGUGGGUGGGUUCUAAUGGAUCCGACUUGCAAAUGGAGACCCAGUUGAUACUUCUACGAGUCCCAGAAUUGGACUCCUACGUGCUUGUCCUGCCAUUGAUAGAAGGGAGUUUCAGGUCUGCCAUUCAUCCAGGAAAACAUGAAGGAGAGGUGGUUCUGUGCGUCGAAAGUGGAUCGGAGAAAGUGAAAGGAAAAGGUUUCAGUUCUUGUGCCUAUCUCCACAUAGGAGACAACCCUUUUGAUCUCAUGAGAGAUGCUUUUGCUGCAGUUCGUGUCCAUUUGGGGAGUUACAGGCUUUUGGAAGAGAAAACUCCACCAAAAAUCAUUGAUUCAUUUGGUUGGUGUUCCUGGGAUGCAUUUUAUCUAACAGUGGAACCUGUUGGUCUGUGGCAUGGUGUGAAAAGCUUUGUCGAGAACGGGUUUCCUCCGAGGUUUUUGAUUAUAGACGAUGGUUGGCAAUCCAUAAACAUGGAUCAUGAGAACCCUUUUGAGGACUCCAAAGACCUAACCGGUCUUGGCUCUCAAAUGCUUUGUAGGCUUUACAGAUUCAAAGAGAAUGACAAGUUUGCCAAGUACCAAGCAGGCACCAUGUUAAGCUCCAAUGCACCAGCUUUUGAUCAGGACAAGCAUGACAAGGUGUUCGAAGAAAUGAUUGCGGUGGCAGAGUUGAAGAAGAAGAAGUUGAAAGAAGAUGGAGAAAUUGACAUUUCAGACCUUCCAGAGCCAAAGAUUAUUGAAUACUUCGACGAAAAGGAAGGGGUUGAGAGAGGGGGUUUGAAGGCCCUUGUAAGUGAUUUGAGGGAAAGAUUUCCAAGCUUGGAAGAUGUUUAUGUGUGGCAUGCUUUAUGUGGUGCCUGGGGAGGUGUUAGGCCUGAGACAACCCACUUGGAUGCCAAGGUUGCAGCUGCAAGAUUGGCCGCCGGACUUCAGACAACGAUGCCGGAUUUGGCUGUUGAUAUGAUAAUUCAAGGUGGGAUUGGACUGGUAAACCCAGAUCAAGCCACAGAGUUUUAUGAUGCCAUGCAUUUCCAUCUUGCUGAUGCUGGUAUUACUGGGGUUAAAGUGGAUGUUAUGCAUGGGCAGAGGAUGGAAUGCAUAUUAGGCGUAUGUUCUGCAGGGCCAGUUCAGGCUCUGGAGUAUGUCGCUGAAGACUAUGGUGGCCGGGUUCAGCUGGCUAAGGCUUACUACGACGGCUUGAGCCAGUCCUUGAAGAAUAAUUUUGGAGGAAGUGGACUCAUUGCAAGCAUGGAGCAAUGCAAUGACUUCUUCUUCCUAGCCACAAAACAGAUUUCCAUGGGUAGAGUUGGUGAUGACUUCUGGUUUGAAGACCCUAAUGGAGAUCCGAUGGGAGUGUACUGGUUGCAGGGAGUCCACAUGAUCCACUGCAGUUACAACAGUUUGUGGCAGGGCCAGUUUAUCCAACCCGAUUGGGACAUGUUCCAGUCAAAUCAUCUAUGUGCAGAAUUCCAUGCUGGAUCAAGAGCCAUAUGUGGAGGGCCAGUCUAUGUCAGUGACAAAGUUGGAGGCCAUAAUUUUGUUCUUCUGAGGAAGUUGGUAUUUCCUGAUGGAACCAUACUCCGAUGCCAGCAUUAUGCCCUCCCCACCAGAGACUGCCUCUUCGAGAACCCACUUUUCGAUGGCAAAACCCUGCUUAAGAUCUGGAAUCUGAACAAGUAUGUUGGUGUUGUUGGAGCAUUCAACUGUCAAGGAGCUGGAUGGUACCCUGAAGAGCGCAAAUGCAAGGCAUACCCACAAUGCUACAAGUCGAUAUCCGGAAUGGUGAGUCCAGAUGAUGUUGAGUGGGAGCAGAAAGACUCAACUGUGCAAUAUCGAAAGGCCAAACAAUUUGCUGUCUACCUUCACAAAUCCGAUACUCUUAACCUAGUGAAUUCCAAAGACCAGAUCAACAUCACAUUGCAACCUUCUUCUUUCGAUAUAUUUACCAUCUCACCUGUCCACAAGCUCAAUGAGAAAGCUAAGUUUGCACCCAUUGGCCUCGAAAACAUGUUCAACAGCGGAGGGGCAAUCGAAUUCUUGGACUAUGGGUGCAAAGGAAGCAUUCCCACUGUGAAGAUUCAGGUAAAGGGAACUGGGAAGUUCUUGGCUUUCUCCUGUAAGAAACCAAGGGAAAUUAUACUGAAUGCAAAGGGAGUGGAGUUCGAGUGGUCAAGCAAUGGAAUCUUGAGGUUUGAAGUUCCGUGGACUGGUGGUAAAUUAUCCAAUGUGCUCAUUUUGAUGAGCUGAGAAAGUUCUGAAGACUGCAAUAGUAUUACCAAAAAACUUUCUAUCCCUUCCUCCUUAAUUGUUUUUCCCCUUUUAAUUUAAUCGCAAAUGUAAAGACUGAUUAAAUUGACAUUCUGUCUGUUGGUCAUCCAAUUAAUGAAGUCCUCCUUUUCACCCUUUUA